CCCGCCCCUCGCGGAGCGAUCAUUGGCCUCAGGGACAGGGUUUAGCUACAAGAUGGCCGCCGCGCACCCGGACCCCCCGAUUCCGAGCUCACCGACCCGGGAGUCGCCAUCCCCGGAGCCGUCGGACCUGGUCCUGGUGCCUGAUGGUGGCCGCUCUGCCACACCCCCAAGUGACCUCAUCGAGAUCCAGGUGGUAAAAGUUACAGAUACUACACUGGUACCUGAGCCCCCAGAGCCUGGAUCUUUUCACUGUGCCCUGUGUCCCGCUGCCUUCCACCUGGUGUCAGAGCUGCUGUUUCACGAACAUGGCCACCUGGCAGGCGUGGAGGGGGUUGGACAGGGUGGGGACCCAAGCCGUUGUCACGUGUGUGGCCACCGCUGUCCAGGUUCUGCUAGCCUGCGUGCCCACUACAGCUUGCAUACGGGAGAGCGGCCUUACCGCUGCCCACUCUGUCCACGAGCUUUUAAGACUUUGGCACCUUUGCUCCGGCACCAGCCCCGUCACGGGGUGGAACCACGCACCUCUCGAAGGUUUCUACCGGCAGCAUCAACUGGACAGCCGAACCCAGGGAUGACCCAGGAGAGGUCGGAGGUGGUGAUGGCUGCGGCAGCUGCAGGGGCUGUGGUAGGCAAGCCUUUCGCCUGCAGGUUCUGUACCAAGCCCUUCCGCCGCUCCUCAGACAUGCGAGAUCAUGAGCGUGUGCACACGGGGGAGCGACCCUACCACUGCGCCAUCUGUGGCAAGGGCUUCACACAGUCCUCUGUGCUGAGUGGCCACACCCGCAUCCACACUGGCGAGCGCCCCUUCCGCUGCACGCUCUGUGAGCGCACUUUCAAUAACUCCUCAAAUUUUCGCAAACACCAGCGCACCCACUUCCACGGGCCAGGGCCUGGGGUGGGAAAGUCUGGAGGUCAACUGGGACCAUCUUGGGUGGUCCAGGAAUCAGGGAGUAAGCACGGGAUGGAGAACACUACUGAAGAAGGGUGCAGAGAGACUGUGGAGGUGAAUGUGGAGGUUAACCAGUAGUUUAGGGAGUAGGAAGCCUAUUGUAGUGGAAGUGGGUGGACAAAUAGAGGCAAAAGCCAAGGAGAAAUAAUGAACAGCUGGAAUUGGAGAGCUGAGAAGGAACCGGGUUCAGGUCUCCCAGAAACCCACGCUACACUUGAGACUCAGGAAAGAGGUACCUGCAGUUCUGUAGAUGCCCAGCUGAAUGUGAAAACACAGAGAGAGCCCAGCAUGGCCCAUUCUUGUUAAGCACAGUAUUCUAGAGGCUGAGGCAGGAGGUUGUGAGGUCUAGACCAGCCCAGGCUGCAAAGCAAGACUUAAUAAUCCACCACCACCACCUCUGGUCCAAUCCUGAACUGCCUCUGGACUGUGCAGGGGUUGCCCAAAGGUGGACUAAUAUGAAAUCUCUUACCUACCUCAACUGAGUUGCACCAGUCCUGGUAUGCCUACCCUCCCUAGGCAGAAGAUGCCCACAGGUAAUCUCUAAAGGGAUGCUGGAACGCCUUCUCCCUUAAAACCAGAGAGUACCUAAACUGCAGUUGGGUGUCCAUAAAUCUCUAGAAUGAGCCUGCCCAUAGAGACUAACUCUAAGUUCUGCUCACCUCGCCAUCCUAUCCCAGAGUGGUCUUUCCUUAGCCACUAGACUCUUCUGGAAGCAUCCAAGAGCACACACUGCAAGCAAGCAAGCACCUGGUAUCCCUUAAGCUUUAGGCUUAGAGCCUGUGUCUCCUGUGUCUACAGAGAAGUUUCAGAUUUCUCUAUUUUCCUCCACUGUGGGGUAAACAGCUUCCUGCUUAGUCCUGGGCAAUUCAGAGGAAGGGUUGGCUGCUGCUGACAACCUUGAUGGGCUGGUCCUGGGUGUAGAGAGUAAGAGGAAAGAAACACUGUGGGAAAGGGCUAAAAGGACUUGGGAACUGGAAUUUGGGGAGGGAGUGGGGACUUUGAGUCUGUUCCUAUUAAAAGACUUUCUGAAA